CUCAGAUUGGGACUCAUUAUUGCUACGCGGAGGAGCCAAGUCCUAUUCCGAUAUCCACAGCGUGCUUUCCUAUGGAUUUGAAGUUUCUUGGGUGAACUGGUUUCACCACGGUUGUGAGGCUAUUUCUUGUUUCGAUUACGAUAGUUGCAGUUUCCCCGUGAUGCUCAAACUUUCAAUGUCGUCAAAGUUGUCAAACUCAUCGCUAUAGUCCCAUGGGUAUAGAUAGCGUCGGUUGUGCACUGCCAAAGCUGCGCAUAUUUGCAGAAGAUUACCUCUAUGGAAUUUAUAAAGGAUUUCGCCAAAUAGUGAAGAUGACUACUUACGGUCACUAUAGUGACUAUGAUUUUAGUCUAACAAAUCUUGCAAUCACAUUAGGAAUAGCGACUGGAAGAGUUGUUUUGCCAAUCAUCACAACCAGAUUUUUAUUUGGCAUCAUAUUCCUAUCUGCGCUAUUGCUUUAUAAAUGCCAUAGGAGACAUUUAUCAAUAUAUGAAGACAUCGAAGAUUUUAUACGACUUCAUAACCUCAUUCCAAUAAGGUACUCUUACAAGGAUUUGAAGACAAUGACCCAAGGUUUCAAGAAUAAGUUAGGUGAAGGUGGCUUUGGCACUGUUUACAGAGGGAAGCUAAGGAGCGGACCCGAAGUUGCCAUCAAAAUAUUGGGCAAAUCCAAAGCUGAUGGCCAAGAAUUUAUCAGUGAAGUGGCAACACUUGGGAGGAUACAUCAUUUUAAUGUGGUACAUCUUGUUGGUUUUUGUCUUGAAGGAACAAAUCGUGCUCUUAUAUACGAAUUCAUGUCCAGAGGGUCUUUGGACAAAUAUAUUUUUUCUAAAGAAGAAAGCAUCUCCUUGAGUUAUCACAAAAUAUAUGAGAUAUCUUUAGGGGUGGCUCAUGGAAUUGCUUAUCUUCAUCGUGGUUGUGACAUGCAAAUAUUGCAUUUUGACAUCAAACCUCAUAACAUUCUUCUUGAUGAUAGCUUUACUCCAAAGAUUUCGGAUUUUGGGCUGGCAAGAUUAUAUGCUGUUGAUGAUAGUGUUGUCACUUUGACUGCAGCGAGAGGUACAAUAGGAUACAUGGCUCCUGAAUUGUUCUACAAGAAUAUUGGAGGAGUGUCUUCUAAGGCAGAUGUUUAUAGUUUUGGAAUGCUUUUAAUGGAAAUGGCCGGUAGAAGAAGAAACUUGAACCCACAUGCAGAAUGUUCAAGCCAACUUUACUUUCCCUUGUGGAUUUAUGAUCAGCUGGAUGAUGAUAAAGAUAUAGAAAUGGAGGAUUUGACAAAAGAAGAAAAGGAUUUAGCAAAGAAAAUGAUCAUAAUAGCACUCUGGUGUAUACAGCUAAAACCUAUUGAUCGUCCUUCAAUGAGCAAAGUGAUAGAAAUGUUAGAAGCAAAUGAUGUGGAAAGUCUUGAAAUGCCCCCAAAACCUUCCCUGUACCCAAAUGAGACAGUUUUAGCGGAUCACAUGUCCGACACUGACCAAACAAUAUCCACUACUCCUGGACAUUCUCAUAACAAUCUGGGUGAGGGCACAAGUAAUGGAAAUUAAUAUGCAAUUGAAAAGAGGGGGUCAUAGCUGGUACCUAUUCAAAGUUUGGACUUAUCAUAUUUGUAUUUCUUUUAUAUACAAUAUCAUAUUUGCAUUUGAUGGAACUAUUUAGUUAUUGUGAUUUGGGUUUUGCC